AUGAACAAGAACAAGAUUGAAAUUGCUGCUCCGGACGCAAGCAGGGUGCAACAUAUCAAGAUGAAUUUUGGCGGACAUUCAAGUGCAGCGACAAAUUGCUCUUCAUAUGUAUCUGCAACUACUGGCACGAUAUCUGCAUUGACGACACUAGAGUUGCUAUCAACAGGAGGGAUCGAUCCGAUGCAUGCUUCUCGCCAUGAAAUAAGCGUGCUUCGGUCGCAUGUCAAGAAAAUUAAAAUAAAAACAAGCAGCGCAGCUAAAAGUAGGAAUAUUUCUAUGGAAACUCGAGGUCGGCGCCGUAGCCCUGACCAUAGGUCAAAGUCUGCCAUAAUAAAAGAACAAAUGUAA